AUGGACAACGCCCCCAACAGCAACGGCAACAGCGCAGGCGGCGGAGGUGGCCUGGGCAAGCUUCUGGCCAAGCGCCGGCGAAGAGCCAGGACGGGAGGCCCAGAGUCGGAUGCUUCAGGCCGCGACGACGAUGCCGUGUCGCUUCACGUUGGCGACGACGACGAUAUCAACGACGACCGCAGCUUUGGCUCGUACGAGUCGGGCGGUGCAGACGCUGAUGGCGAAUCUGAGCGGAGCAUCUCCCGCCCCCCACUCAGCCGUGCGACCACGACAUCAGUUCUGGGCUCGACAUCGACUCCUGCCCUGCACGUCACCGACUUCGACACUCGCGAGCGACGCCCGUCUCUUCUCUCUCGGCGCCUCCGCCGCGGGACUUCCAGGAGCCCGUCUCCCCAACCCAAUGCGUCCAAGGAGGCUGUAAGCGAGAUAGCUCCCCUCCCCGAGCUCCCAGCCGCGGCCAGGACCACCGCUUCCCCUGCCAUCCACUCGCCGUCGCGCCUCACGACGCUCCCUCGACCCUCGACGAGCAGCGACAGAUACGGCCCCGUCAUUGUAAACACGCCGCCGACGCCCGUCGAACGAACAAAUCCCGCCGCCUUACACCUCGACAGGAAGCUGCCACCUGUCAUCUCGGAGCCUUCUGCAGCUGGGGAUGGCGCAUCUCCCCCGUCCUCCUCUUCACAAGCCGUAAACGUACAUCGAAGAUCAAAGUCGGGAUCCGCCGCCACCAUCGGGCCCAGCAAACUUUCCAACAUCACACUUGCGUCGCCGCUCACGCCCACCCCCGAGAACGGCCAGCCUCAGCCUCCAAACUCGGCGGGAUUCUUCUCGUCCAUGUUCUCGGUUGCCCAGAACGCUGCAAGCACGAUUACGAGCAACAUCCAGGGCGGCGGUAUAGGGAUCGGAGGCAACAAGAGUCGGACGAAUCUGACGUCUAAGCCACAAUCAUCCCCUGCUGAGGUCGACGGAGCCGAGACCCCACUGCCCGAGCCUCAGUCGAGCGACGGAAUGGAUAAAAAGGAGUCGACAAGCAAGACGAUCGGAACUGGCGACCUUAGCUUGAGCGCACUCGGCAUCAUGGAGCCCUCAACGACUACAACAACCCUCGAGACGUCUCGAUUCCCAGACCUCAACGAUACACGGGCACGAUCAGAGUCUGCCCCGGCUGAUACCCAAGCCAGAGGCGGAGACGAGAGCAUUGACGAAUUAACUGGCAGGCCCAGGUCGCUAAAUGAGGCGAACAAUGGCGAGCAGGAGCAAGGAUCCUCGCAGUCUGACCAGGCCGAUGGCAAGGAUGAGCUCAAGAGCGAUGCACAGAGGAAGCGCGGAAGCUCUACUGCCACCACGCACACGGUCGCGCCGCCGGCGCCAGCCGGCCCAGCGCCAAAGCUUACGGGGUUCGCCAUUGCUAGUAAGAAGAGGAACCGCGAUUUCCACACAUUCUUCAAGAGCGUGCCAGACGACGACUACCUUAUCGAGGACUACAGCUGCGCGCUGCAGAGAGAGAUUCUUGCCCACGGCCGCCUCUACGUCUCGGAGGGCCACCUCUGUUUCAGCAGCAACAUUUUGGGAUGGACGACAACGCUGGUCAUGAGCUUUGACGAAAUCGUCUCUGUGGAGAAGAGAAGCACUGCACUGGUGUUCAAGAACGGCCUGAUGAUAUCGACGCUGCAUGCCAAGCACAUCUUUGCCAGCUUCACAAGCAGAGACGCUACGUACGAUCUGAUUGUCAACAUCUGGAAGCUUGGCCACCCGACCCUGACGAGCACGCUCAACGGAGUGCGGCUGGAGGGCACCGGCGGCGAUAAGACGGAGAAGCUCGACGUCGAGGCCGCUAACCUCGAGCCGGAGACGCCGGCCGGAUCCGAUUCCGACGAGGACAGCGAUGAGGGCGACGAAGACUUUUACGAGGAGGACAGCGACGGUGCCCCCGAAGCUCAGGCAGCAGAUGCGGGCACCGGUGCUGGCGGAGAUACCAGCAAGCCUCCUCGAAAGGUAUCCGGCGCUGUCGCCCCCAGCGCGGCCCCGACCGACGGGGCCGCCGAGGGUCAAGCUCCCGCAGGCGGCCUCGGAUCGUUCCCGGGUCCUGCGACUCAUGCUCCGACCGACUGUGGGGACUCUGACACGCACUACGACAAGUUUCUGGCGGACGAGGUCGUCCCGGCUCCGCUGGGCAAGGUCUUCAGCAUGCUCUUCGGCGAGUCAUCUGCGGAAUGGAUGGGCAAGUGGAUUACAGAGAACCAAAAGUGCUUUGAUCUGCAGUUGGAGGACAAGAAGGGCCUGGGUCCGGACAACCGCUCUCGCGGCUUCACUUACAUCAAGCCCCUCAAUGCCCCGAUAGGACCCAAGCAGACAAAGUGUAUUGUCACGGAAACGGUGGACAACAUCGACUUUGAGAAGGCGGUCACCGUAAGCGUGGCCACGCAGAAUCCCGAUGUUCCUAGCGGCAACAUCUUCCGUGUCAAGACCAAGUACUGUCUCUCGUGGGCCGAGAACAAUGCCACUCGCGUGCAGGUCAACUGUACCACGGAAUGGAGUGGCAAGAGUUGGCUCAAGGGCACCAUUGAGAAGAACGUCAACGAAGGUCAGGCUCAGUAUUGCAAAGACCUAUUUGCGGCGUUGAAGGCGGCAGUUUCGAGUAGGCCUCGAUCGUCUACCAACAACGGCGUCAAAUCGAAGAAGAAGGGCAAGAAGAGCAAGACCCUUCAGUCAUCCACCGAAUCCAUCAGCACUACUACGCGUGAAAAGAAGGAGGAAGCCAACUGGGGCCCGUUGGAGCCGGUGCGCCCCAUCCUGGAGCCCAUUGUCGACAUCCUCAAGCCGAUUCUCACGGGCAACGUCGUCUACGGGCUGCUGGUGGGCUUGCUGGUUGCGAGCUGGUUCGGGUUCGGCCUCACGCCCAGGAGUAAGAGUCCAGCGUCGUAUGGACCUGAUCCCGCCCUCCAGAGCGCUUAUAGGCUUGCGGCGUACGACGAGAUGUGGCGCCGGGAGGACAGCGAGCUCUGGGACUGGCUAGAGGAGCGAGUAAGCCUGGAGCGUCUCUCGGUGGAGCGGUCAAACGCUCGCAGACGAGAGGCAGACCCUCGAAUCUUGGAAGACAAGCUGAGAGAGGAGCGCAUGGAUGAGCGAGAAGUGCAGGAGGCAAUUCGAGUGACGGAGGAGAAGCUCAAGGUGUUGAGAGAAGUCAUGGCGAGAGGCAAAAUACUAUAA